GAAUUAACUGGAUAUUUAGCGUAAUGUAUGUGCACAUAGUUGCUCUGUUUUCGUUGCAAAUCAGUUGCAGAUAGAUUGUAUUCAGAGAUUUCAACUGAAAUUUUCACGAGUGUUUAUUUGGCUAACUAAUUGUAUUUAAAUCCACCCGACAUGCUUAAUUAUUGAUUAAUGAUCUAAUCGCCCUUACAGCCAAAUUUUUCGAUGCAACAAUUGAAUUAUCCACUACUUGUUUAUAGCUUAAUGUAUCAGUGGAGGUUUAUAACCAUUUAGGUAAUGUGAUAUUAAAAUUUAAGUUUGAUUUUAUUUAAAGUUUUCAAGUUAAAAGAAAUACAGCCUUAGCCAAUAGAAUAUAAAUGCUAAAAAUCUUGGAUUUGAAAUUGAAACAGUGAACAAUGUAAAGGCCCUAAACUCGGCCCAUCAUUAAAGGCUGUGUAAAAGAUAAAUAAUUUUUGUCAAGUACCCGAUUUGUUUGCGCCUCGAAGUAACCCCAACUGCCAUGGCUGAAUAUUACCCACCGCCGCCCGGUGUACCCUACAGUUACUACCCACCGCCAAUUCCACCUCCACCGGGAGCCGCUGCGCCGCCGCAACCACCGCCACAGCCUUACAUACCCCAGCAACAGCCGGCACCUUUCGCCCCCUACGCGGCUCACUUCCCCUCGUACGGUUCUUACGAUGCUGUCCGUACCCUAUUUGUGGCGGGUUUACCCGAAGACGUUAAAGCUAGAGAGAUUUAUAACCUGUUCCGUGAGUUUCCUGGCUACGAAUCCUCUCACCUUCGCAACCAAGCCCAAGCUUCACAGCCAUUUGCUUUGCUGUUAUUCUCUGAUCAGCAGUCUGCAAUCGUGGCAAUGCAGCUCUAA